AUGUCGGUGCACUUCGAGGAGAAGAGCGGCGUCGUCCCCUGCAAAACCCCCUGGGGCUCCUGGUACCAGACCAUGGAGGAGGUCUUCAUCGAAGUCAAUGUCCCCCACGGGACCUCCGCUAAAGAGGUCAAAUGCCAUUUAGGGACCAGAGACAUCGAGCUGCACGUCAAAGGGAAGGAGGUGUUCAAGGGAAAGCUGUUUGGCACAACCGUGUCUGAUGAGGCUACAUGGACCCUGGAGGAUAAAUGUCUCAUCCGGAUCAUUCUCAUGAAGACCAACAGAGAGGCAGGGAACUGCUGGACCUCCCUGCUGGAGGGGGAAUACUGUGCGAAUGCCUGGGUUCAGGACCAGAUGCAGAGGAAGCUCACUCUGGAGAGGUUUCAGCGAGAGAAUCCCGGAUUCGACUUCAGCGGCGCAGAGAUCUCUGGGAAUUUUGCUGGUGGUGGUCCGGACUUUUCCAGCCUACAGAAGUGACCGACGCCAUGAAGUGAAAAUCAGUACAUGCUGGAGGUGUCAUGUCUGCCUUUCAUCUACGGCCUGCAGAGGAACAGUGGCUUUAUGAGGUCAUCCGCGAUGAGAAGUCCAAGAAAAUCUACCUUCUAAAGAACUCAAAUAUUGGCUGUACUCUUAAGACUUUGACUAGAGACUUUCCACAGCAGCCCCCUUUUUUUCUUUUGGUUGUCUCUGCUGUGAUGAACUGACCUUGCUUAACCGUUUUGGCAAGUUGCAAGGCUCGUUUUACUGGAGGAUGUUAGUGGGAACUGUUUACAAAAAGCCUGUUAAAUGUGUUGUCUUUCAAUAAUGACAAUGCACACAGCAAUAGCUUUUCAAUAAAGUUUUAUUGAAAGGUACACGAA